ACCAGCAGUCGGCGUGACAUGGAUGUGAGCUUCACGAACGUAUUAGAGGGGGCUCGCCAGUACUUCCAGGGACUGCCGGUACCGAGUACAGGUAGUGCGGCCGCGUCAGCGGAGCACAGUCUCGCGACAUCAACGAGUUCCGCCUCGACCGUAUCGUCGUCGCACGACCAUGGCACUGCCUCGUCCGUGGCUCCCUCGUCACCGGCACCAUCUGUAUUGCAAGCACCACCGCCAUUACCGAUACCGUCGCAAUCGACUCCGAGCGGCAACGCGAGCACCGCUAACAUUGGUAACAGCGGAGGCAGCGGCGGCAACAACGACCAGGAAACCAGCCGAUAUCUCAACAACGUCAGACCGUCGUCGGUGGACAACGGCACAACCAGCUCCAGCAGCUUUUGGAGCCCGUCCGUCGAACCUUAUCCUCCUCAACCAACGAGGGUCGAGGUACCAGACACAAGGCCCGGUGAUGACGGAUCGUCCAUGGAGCCGAGUUCCUCGUCGUCGAAUAUCAUCACUUUAACGGAGAUGCAACCGUCGAGCAGGCGGUCCUCGUCGACGUUAAAUUUCUCACAGAAACAAUCGACUCCAUCGUCGUCUUCGUCGUCGUCGUCGUCGUCUUCGUCGUCAUCGUCGUCGUCGACGUCGACGUCGACGUCGUCCAACGAUCUACAUCAUCAUUCGCAGCCGACGACCGCGACAGCGCCAAGUUCGCCGCAUUUGCAUCAAAUGCAACCACCUCAACAGCCGCACUCACCUGGUCCUGUCUAUCAACAGUUGAACCCCGUCUCGAGGACGUCGUUCUCCACUGCGGAAAUACUCGCCACGUCGCAUCAGGCGGCGACUUAUCAAACUGCCAACGAUCGACAAUCGCAGUCGAACGCGCCGGUCGUAGCACAGAGAACUCAAUACUAUCCCCGGUACCACCAUCCGGACAUCACGAAGAGCGCCCCGGUUCCGUUCACUCAGAACUCGAUCUAUCAGUCAUCGAGCGUAGCGGCGGCUACGUCGUCGGGGAACGUGCAGCCGGCUACCAGGCCGACGCCGGUCGAGCAAAGCAACCCGAACGCCGCUUCCAGUCAAGGACACGCUCAGGAACAAAGAAUGCCACCGAGUUCUUACAAUAACGUCCCAACGCCAACGAGCACUCCCUCGAUUUAUGGCUCGCCGUCGUCGCAGAAUUAUCGCGCGCCGCAGCAGCAUCAGUUGCCGAAUCGAUUGAGCUCGAGCAAUCCAGCAACGGACAGGUCGCCUCACUCGGAUAGAUCGUCGCACUCGUCGCGCGUCUCCUCGUCUCCGUCCUGUUCGUCGGUGAACCCGUGCAGCCCCCGUCACACGGCCAGCUUAAGUCACAUUCCUUCAUCGCCGUCGCUGUCCUCUUCGUCGUCGUCCUAUCAGAAUCAUCCGGCGCACAUUCCUUCGUCGCACUUGCCAUCCGUUGGAAAUAUGAUAUCCUCGCAUCAUCACGGUCAACAACAACCGCCGCAACAACCGCAACAACAGCAGCAAUCUCAGAUGCAACAGCAUCAGCAGCAGCAACAGCUUUCUAGUCGAAUAAACGCAUCGCCGCACUCGAUGGCGUCGAACUCGUACGCCAGUCGAAUGAUCGCUCACGGGACGUCCGCUGCGUCUUCGUCCUCCUCCAGCUCGAGUCAAAUGCCACCACCGGCAGCGCUGACCGGUGGAUAUCAUCCUAUCGCUUCUCCCCACGACGUUCCUCAUCAUGCUACCCCGUCACCGCACAGACAAUCGCCUCACGUGUCCACACUGCACACGCCUCAUGCCUCUCCUCAUCACACGCCCUCGCCGCACAGCAGCUUCCAACCGCAUUCGCCGACUUAUCCUCCGCCGCCUCCGGCCACUUCCACCCCUCACUCGUACAACCUUCCCAUCACGUCGCAGCACUAUCAACCGAACACCGGUGGCUACGCUGUGAAUCCGUACGGGCUACCACCGCCUCAGUCUUCGUAUCAUUCCUUCCAAAAGAAUCCGCAACCGCCGCCGCCGCCGCCUCCUCCUCCGCCGCCGCCGUCGUCUCACACGCAAGCAAACUACUAUCCGCAGUCCGGUCGAUCCCAGAGCCAGGCGUACGUUCAACAAAUGUCGAUUCCCGGCCCGACGCAAUCGAUCUGCUCCGGAAACGGAAACACCAACGGUGCGGCUGGUUAUCAGUCGAGCAAACCGGUGACGUACAACGGCGCCGAUUCGAAGAGAAACUCAAUGGAGGUGCCUUACGCCACCUCUUAUCGAUCUCAGCAGACGUCCGUGCAGAAGAGCGGCAACACGCACAACCUUCCACCCAUCGCCGCUCUCUCGUCCUAUCAUUCCAACAGGCGAGAAUCCGCGAGCAAAGCGCAAUCGGUGCAACGGCAACGCGGCUAUAACAUGGCCAGCGCGACGAACAAAGUUUCAGUGGUAACGCCGCCCUCUUCCUCGAUGGCCGCGCCUCAAAGGGUACCUUCCGAGUACCCGGUCACUUUGCCGGCCAUGAAUCACGCCAUGCCGGUCAACGGAAGGACGAACACGGUAACGAAUUCCUCUUACAGCAGAUACACCGGUCAACACGGUUAUCCGACAUACGCUACCACCAUGGCGCCUAGUCAUCAAGGGAGCAACUCAUCCAGCAGCACCACCGUUACGUCCAUCGGUCACGUAGUCUCGAGAUCUUCCGUUCCAGCCACCACGAUACACAACUAUCAAACGUCGGACGCCAGUCGCGCGGUAUCCUCCUACCACCACCAGCCUGUAAGAGCUACCGAGGACUACGGGGUGUACAAGGAGUACUCGUACCAGAAUUCGACCGCGUCCACGGUUCAAUCGACCGUCGCUUCUCCCGUGGUGACCUCGCCGCCACAAACGAAUGGCGUGCGAAAGAGAGAAUCUCCCCUGGAUCUCUCCGUUAAAACGGUGAAAACAUCCGCGGAUUCGACCGCACAGGACGACGUCGAGACGGUCGCGCCGGAGAAACACGUCAGCAGCUCGACGGUGAUCUCGUCGCGGAACAACAGUUCGAGAACCAUGUUACCGCCCCCGACGCAAGCCCCCUCGCAGCCAGCCUCGUACCAGCCAGCGUACGACAACCGAUUGUCCAGCAACAGCGGUCGAAACUUGCCACCAACGAGCGGCGUUCGAGCGUCCACCCCUCAAACGGUGUGCGCGCCGAAGGUCGACUUCUUGCCGGAUUUCAAUUCCACGCCGCUCCGUCAUCAUCACGGAGGGCAACCGCCCACGCACGAGAACGCUCUUCAGCGGAGAAGCUCGUCGCAGCAGCUGUACGCCCCGCCCCCGCAAUCCGUACCCUCGCAGCAUCCUAACAACACCGCUCCACUGCCCCACAUGUCCACGUUCAAGAAGACUUCACUGCCCACGACGCAGGUGUACGACGCGGCGACAGCGUCGACGCCUCUUCCGCCGGCAUCGUCGUCCUCCUACCUGACGGCCAACGACUCCUCCGCCGCCUCCAGGUCCUCCAGGUAUCCGUCGUCGAUGGUCGACCCUGGGAGGAUAGGGCCGCCCGCUCUGCCUCUCCAAGACUACCCGUCCGACCCGUCGAAGUAUUACCUCGACAGCAGGAGCAAGUUCGCCCAGCCACCGCCGCAGAGGGACCGAACGACCUCGAAGAGGCCCGGCGACACGAUUUACGGCACUGGCGGGCCGAACAAACAGCCGAGGCUCGACACGUGGAUCCACCAGAAGCUGUCGACCGCGAGAGCGUUGUACGAACAGAAGAUGAACAGGCAGGAGAUGAAUAUGCCGGUUCCUUUGCCGAAUGGGACGCUGGUCGGAACGAACACUUACGAGCAGAGGUCGGACAGCGGAUACUCGUCGUCCGAGUCGAGCAGAUAUCAGCAAGCGUACUGUGAUAAGAGGAGCUACGCGGAGCCUAAGGUCACCUACAGUUCGUCGUCGUACGUCCAUCCGGUGAUCACGAAGCCCACGAACGUGCACUCUCUGCCGCAGCAGGCCAACGCUAGCCAACCGUCAAUGUACCCGAGUUACAGACAGAGCCAGAAAACGGCCGGCCCCGGGCUGCCUUCGGGAGCCACUUCCGGCGGACAAGCCACCGAGCCGCCGAGCAAUACCGGCGCUGAUAAACGAGUGCUUAGCCUGCUGAGAAACAGUCUGGAGAACAAACAGCAGAGGGAGGAGCAGAUGAACAGCCAGCAGCCGAUUUUGGCCAAUCACGGGCAACAAAGUUUUCAAAAUAAGGUUGUCGCACCGGUCGAGCCCAAAACGAACAUCGGAAGACACAACCUGUCACCAUUCACGGCGGCGAGCUUGCUGGAACGAAACAGCAACACGCCGCCCCAUUACAAGUUCCAUAUGCCGAGAGCGGUGGACUCGAUCACUCAGGAGGCACCCCGUAGUUUGUAUGGCUCGAGAGUAAAUUCAUCCGCCACGCUACCUGGCAAGGAAGCACUCCUGGGACCCCGAGGAGCUGAGAAUCAGAUUCACCGUGACAAAGACGAUGGUUUCGCAGCCAUACUAGCCGCGAAGAUCAGAACCAAGGCGGAACUGAAACAGAGCUGGACAGCGCAGCUUCAACGUCGACGCCGCAGUCCGGUUCGUCGGCAAGUAGCCCGCCGAAACUGACGCGCGAGAAGGUGGCCUGUCUGCCACCACGGAGACGCUUGUUCUCCAGAACGGAAGAGGAGAACAUGCCGGUGGCUGCGACGGUUCCGGUUCCGGUUCCGGCGCCAGCGCCUACCAUCGCCUCCAGCGUUCCAGCACGCGCCAGCGGGUUCAGAAGCUCGUCCGAGACCUCGGUAUUCGACUUUCGGGAGAGCGACUCCGAGGGUGAGAUGCCGGUUCUCGAACGGCAGACGCUCGAGGAGAUGAGGAGGGACAGGAAACAGCUGUCGAAGGUGCAGCCACCCGUUCCUUUGAACGACGCCAUGUGCAUGGGUAUGACCUCAUCGACGGACCUCGUGCAAAUAGAACUGAAGGAAAACGACAAGAUCGCCGAGGUGGACACGUUCUGGUCGGCCACGUGCGACAAGUUUAUAGAGCAACUUCGAACGGGAGACGCGAUGAAGAAGCGCGGCCGUAAGAAGAAAGUUAGCUGCACCGUAACGUCCAAGCUCGAAGACGCCGGGAACGACGCCGACGGCAAGGAGGCGGCAGACGCCAACACGUCGCAAAUCAAGCCAGAGGACAUCAAGAAGGAGAUCCAGGACGUCGAUUCGCCUGUGGACGGUAAGGACGAGUUCCCGGAAACCAGCAAGGACGACGAGCCUUCGUCGGAGAUGAAGGACAUCAAGGUGGAAGUGAAGAUGGAGCCCGAGGCGAGCAAGGACGACGAAGACAAGAAUUCCAGCGACGAUUCGGACGAGGUGCCGUUGAUUCGACGGGCGAAGAAGAAGAUGAGGAAGGACGACAGUGACUGCGAGGAGGAGAUAAUAUGCAGGAAGAGAAGAGUUCGCAGAGGGAGCAGGAUCAAAUUGCAAUCGUCGAGCGGCAGUGAAUCUUCCAGCGAGGAGAGCGACGCUAGCACCGAGUUCGGUCACGGUUCUUCCGUGGCCGAUAGGCUUAGAGCUAGGAAGCGUUGCAACAACAACAGCAGCGCGGAGUCUGAGGGAAUGAAGCUGAGAUCGAGGGACGCGACGCCGCAGAAGGCUAAGAACGAAAAGGAGUCCAAAUGUUCGACUUCAAAGACCUCGUCGGCGUCUCAGAAAGGAAAGCCGAAACCUCUGUUCGGAGACGGCAGUGAUUUCAGGCCCGGCUGGGAGGAGGAAGUGUACGUUUACAAGAAAUCAUUGAGAAUGCCACCUAGGUUGAUCACCGUGUCGAGACCGUCGAGGUUUCACAGGCUGUCCACCUCGUUGCCCGAUUUGGACCCCGGUUCCCCAGCUCUGUCCGUCUCCAUGGACAGUUCCGACGUGUAUCUGAGCAGAAAGAAACUGGUAGACAGUGACGUUGAGUCCAACUAUAGUUUCAGUACCACCGGAAUUGGAAUAGGAAGCAAGAUAGACGACGAGGAGGCCACGUCGUCCACGACGAUCUCGUGUCCCCCGAAGGGUAUGAAGCACUCGAGGUCAGAGAACAGUUCGAUCGUCGACGUGUUGGCUCAAAAGGUAGGGACGAACAAGAAGGAGCAAAAGAGGAAACAGAAACAGGAUAAAUUGGACAAAGGUGGGGGUAAAACGCUGCAGAAAGGUAACAACGAACCCGAAUUGCUUCCGACACCGAGCCUGACCCCUCUGCUGGAGUCGACAAAAUUGCCCAAGGGCAAAUCGCUUGUCAAAGAUAACAAGGUGAAGGCCAUCAAAAUGACAGACUCGGUUCUACUCGGUUACUUCCGUAAGGAAACGGUGAACAACUUCCGCGACACGUUCAAGAAUAAUCACGCUCUGCCGAACGAGUUCUCCACGCUGGUGCUGAAGAGCAGAACGAGAACGGAGACGCGCGUGUUGAAGAAACAGGCGACCAUCCGUGAAGUUUUCGGGGAAGACAGGCCAGCCUCAGCACCGCCUAUGCAGAAUCACGACGACACGUCUCAGGACGAAGACUCGCAGAACGAAACGCCGGAGAACAGACUGAGCAAGGAGAGGACGUUGAAGCAGAAGGUGGUGUCGCGAUUGAAGAACGCUAGUAUCUUGAGGAGGCACAAGGCGCUUAUUAACUCGAAGCAGCGUCAUCUGCUGAUGAAGAACCGAAAGGACUUGUUGAAAUCGUUGGCCGAGAAGAAGCUACGCCGAUUGAAGACGGAGGCGGAAGAGGAGCCGGCGCAGGAAGAGGCGAACGACGCUCACGAGGCAGAGAACAAUGACAAUGAGCUGGAUGACGAGAUCAACGAGUCAGAAGUUCCUAACAAAAAGAAGCUCAAGCUAAGGACAAGCAGGCGGAAAUUCCGCUCCGGGUUCGAUUAUAUUCGCAAGAAGAAGAAACCCUUGAAGAAAGACGAGGCGCUGCCGAAAGAAAGGAAGAGGCAAGUUCUAGCGAGGCCCAGUCCAGAAUGCGUAGCUGACAUACAGUCUGAGAUUAGAACGUGGGUGAUCAAAAAGGGUGUCGGCGAAACGAUGCUGCACCGUGCCGCCAGGCUCGGUUACACGGAUGUCACUGCAUACUGCUUGGAGAAACUGAAUAACGCGCCGAGUCCGAAGGAUAACGCGGGUUACACGCCCCUGCACGAAGCCUGUUCCAAGGGUCAUCUCGAAAUCGCGAAAUUGUUGCUCGCGUACGGCGCGAACGCGAGUGAAAGUGCCAACGGUGGAAUAAGGCCACUUCACGAGGCAGCAGAAAAUGGUGCUACCGAACUCGUACGCUUGUUACUUUCCUACGGCGCUGAUCCCUUAUUAGCUACUUAUUCCGGACAAACUCCACUGAUGUUGGCUGCAGAUACCGAUGCCUAUUCAAUUCUGCAGCAGCACUUAGACGAUAUCCAGGGCCGAGCGAGUACAGCGUGGUCUUUCGGCGGUCCGUCUUCUAUUUUCGACUCAGAAGAGACUGGUUACAAUCCUGUCGACGACCCGCCAAUGGACAAUCCAGAGCCCGAAUUGGACGAAAUCGAGAUGGAAGUGAGCGACGUGAACCUGCCAGUUCUCUUCUCUCUCGCCAACGAUCCCGACAAAUGGGUGCUGCUCCAGGACCUGAUGGCUGCCCUGAGAAUAAAGAGCAGAGACGCGCUGCUGCGUCAAGUGAAUCCGAAAGCUCACGCUGGCCCGCCCGCCAUCGCUCAUCGCGACGUCAUGAGAGAACUGAAGCUGCAAGAUUUCCUGGAGCAGUCCCGUUGCUGCCACCUGCUAAGCGGCGGCGAGCGCAUCAACGUGCGGGGGUCGAAGGUGACCCUGAUCAAGUACAACGAGAAAGUGAGGUCCCUGCUGAACGUGGAGAAAGUGGUGAUCAGCCUGAGGUGACAGGAGGUGCCGCUGGGGCGAUCGUUGCCCCAGGCAAAACCGUCGACUUCCGCCGCGAAGGAAACCUCGAAGAAGAGCUCGAGCGUUUCGCCUAAACGCGAGAGGCAGGCGAGAACGCGGCAGGCUAACAAGACAACCGCUACCGAUUGAACUCGAAUCGAGGAAAAUUCCUUCCCGGCUAUGGAAAGUAUAACUUUCUUAGCUCGAUUGUUGACACUCGAGCGAGAAAUUUCAUUCGAUCGGCAUCGAAUUACUCUCUACUGAUUCUGUUCCGAGGCGGAGAGAACAGAACCAGAGUAGAUUGAACGAAUAUGUACCGAGCAGUACGUAUUACGUCGAUAUUCGAUCGAAGGACAAGAUGGCAGUGUUUUCCGACACGUUCUACUAGCAGUAUUUAUUUACAGAUGUCCCCAUACGGGGGACACGUCGACGUGAUAUUUUAUCGAUACAUCUCUUGCGAGUCGAACGAUGAUCGAGUCUCCGACGAUGCUUCCGACGAAGCGAACAUCGUCGUCCUGUUCGAACUUCUUGUACGAUAAUUUUGUUUAAACGAUUCGAAGGGAACGGUUCGAACAAUUUUUGCGAACGUGUAGUGGACAAAGUUCCCGCGACGGAUGUCGUCCGUGCUCCGGAGUAGAUUUUAAUCGCGAUGAACUUGGUGGACGUCCACGCGUUACUCUAUUUUUUCGUUGAAAAGGAAUCGAUAUGAGAGAGAAAGGGAGAGAAAGAGAGAGAGAGA